UUGGGAACGACGUGUCGUCAAAGCUAUGCCGCCGAGGCGAUCCCGUAGAAUUGUCGGUUCUGUCGUCCGGACAACCACCAAGGUAGUGGAAGAAACUGUGCAUGUGGCUGUGGUGGAGGGAGAGAGCCAGGAUGUUACUCAAGAGCCAGCAACGGCGGAAACCGGCGGCGAUGGAGUGUUUCGGAGGAAUAUUCCGGUGGAAGACCCCCAAACUUCGCCGGUGUGGGGAGAUGUCAAGCUGACAAGGCCUGUAGAUUCCACCUCAGAGGUCACGGAGGACAAGGAUGUGACGGGGAAGAUGGAAUCUAAAGCCAGGAAUGGUAUUAGAGAAAGUAGAAAGAAACACGAGAAGAAAAAGGAGAGGGAAGUAAAGAAGAGGAGAAGGGGCGGGGGAAGAGAAGGGUACAAGAGGUACGUGUUCAGGGUGCUGAAGCAGGUGCAUCCGGAGGUGGGGAUAUCAGGGCAAGCCAUGGUGAUUUUGAACAAUCUGAUGAACGACAUGUUCGAGAGGCUAGCUGAGGAGGCCACAAAGCUCUCCAAAUACACAGGCGGGCAGACGCUGUCAUCAAGGGAGAUACAGGGGGCGGUGAAGUUGGUGUUCCCGGGAGAGCUAGGGAAGCACGCCGUUGCUGAGGGGACUAAAGCGGUGUCAACUUAUGUCUCUUAUGAUCAUAGGAGAACCCGACCAUAGUUAUUACAAUCUUUUUUUGUCGCUCAUAAUAAUCAUUUUGUAUUGUAAUUA